AUUUGUCAAUCCAUCUCAGUCCGUCUCAUCACACUCUCUCCUCAUGUCACAACCAUUGGCAUUCCCCGAGUCCUUCGUAAAGCCAUGGCGCGAUCUGCUCCUCUCCAACCAGGAGCAGCGCUCCGGAGACUCCCCCAGCUACAACACUCCUGAAGCCAUCGACUCUCUCAUGACAACCAGCACGCCCAAGCUGCUCUACGUCGGCACGGGUCACACCAUCUUUACACGCGCAAUUCUGCCUGCUAUUGCCUCAGCCAAAUACUCGGUCCAUUUCGUGACGUGCUACUGGGCUGCCUCCCCGUCUCUCGACGGCCUGCGCCAAACGCUCGUCAAGCUGGCUGAGGCGCGAUCAACAUCAUCAGAGGCUUUGCCUACGCUGCGAAUAAGCAUUGGAUUCUCGUCUUGGGGACUGUUUCAGAAACUAUUUCACACGGCGUCGCCAGAGGGUUACGUCUAUCCGCCUUCAAAAUGGGCACACCUGGGUUUGCCGGACGAGGAGACGCUGAGAAAGGGCGGCAUCGAAAUGACGGUCAAGAGCCUCUUCUUUACGCCAAUCAGUGUCAUGCACCCGAAGUAUGUCAUCGUCGAUGAGUCCAAAGCGUGGGUUCCGAGCUGCAACGUGAGUUGGGAGAGAUGGUUCGAGGGAUGCGUGGAGCUGGAGGGCGAGGUUGUCGAUAGACUGCUGUCUUUUCAUGCCAGAGUCUGGGGAGCAUCGAAGCCGCUGAGCACCGACGAUGUAGAGCUGACAUCAAGCUCAUCGCCGAUGAACAACAAACAGGCCGACGACGAUGGCUCGGCCACUCAAUGCAUUUGCUUUUCCGGUAUUUCACCGUCUCCGACCAUCUUUCUCCCGUCGCCACAUCACAGAAACCCGAGAUUCAGCUUCUUUCCCUUCUUUUCUCAGUCCAACCCGCCCAUGACGCCGCUCAAUGCUGCGCUGCUUACCUUAUUUGCCAAUGCUCGUCAUGAUAUCAAUAUCGUCACGCCGAACCUAACGUCAUGGCCGGUCAUGGACGCUCUUCUGGACGCACUGUCUCGCGGAGUCAACGUUCAUGUACGCACGGCCCGGAACAUGAUGGUUAUUGAGCAGCUUGUCACGGCCGGGACAACAACGUCGUGGUGUAUCCGAAAGUUUGUGAAAAAGUACCAAGCGUUGUGUAAGCGAUCACGACGGAAUGACAUAGAAGCACAAUCAACGUCU